AUGGCGUCUGCGAUCGACGUCCCCAGUGGCUGCCGGGUGAUAUCCUUGGGACCGCCGAGUGCACUGUACCUUUACCUUUAUGGAAAAGUACGUGUCCGCCAGGCAAAUUCUAUCUUCAGCGAGGUGGUAAAUUAUCAGAUGGUCAACACAGACCGCAAGAUGGACCGCUACUUCCUGCCUCAACAGCAAUCGGAGAAUGCUGUGGCAAACGCCACAAAAAUCCUCGGAGCGUUGGGAGAGGGUCGGUUGGAAAAUUAA